AUGAGUCUAUGUGAGAAGAGAGAGGACGAAGAGGCUGUUCGCAAACAUAAGGCAGCAUCUCCAGAACCCAGCUGUGUGUCAAUGAAGAGCAACGAGUCCGUUGGGAUCCCCCCUAAUCUCAGUGAUGGAGUAGUGAGCUCUAACCCUGACACUACCUGUAAAAGGAGUCUCUGUGAGAGGAGAGAGGAGGAUGUUCACAUAUAUAAAGCAGCAUCUCCAGAACCAAUCUGUGUGUCUAUGAAGAGCAACGAGUCCGUUGGGAUCCCCCCUAAUCUCAGUGAUGGAGCAGUGACCUCUAACCCUGAAGUAAAGAGAGAUGAUGUGAUUACAUCAGUGAAGCCCUGUCUGACCUGCACUGACUCUGACUGUCAGUCCCUCAUCAGACAGAGAGUCAAUGAUCAGCACAAAACCAGCCUGAAGAACAAGUAUGAGAGAUUAUUUGAGGGAAUCAGACUAGAAGAGAAUCAAACUCUCCUGAACAGGAUCUACACACAGCUCUACAUCAUAGAGGGAGAGAGUGAAGGAGUGAAUGAAGAACAUGAGGUUUUACAGAUGGAGAAAGCAGCAACAACACAAGACACUCCAAUCUACUGCAAUGACAUAUUUAAAGAAGGAAAUGAGAAAGGUAAAAUUAGGACUGUUCUUACUAAAGGCAUCGCUGGAAUUGGAAAAACUGUCUCCGUGCAGAAGUUUAUUCUGGAUUGGGCUGAGGGAAAAGCCAAUCAAGAUGUAGAUUUUGUGUUUGUGCUUCCAUUUCGAGAGCUGAACUUGAUUAAAGAUCACCAGUACAGUCUUCACAGACUUCUGCUGGAUUUUAAUCCUGAACUUCAAGAUCUGGACUCAAAGAUUUAUGAGGAGGGUAAAGUUGUGUUCAUCUUUGAUGGUCUGGAUGAAAGCAGAAUCACACUGAUAUUUAAAGAUGCUGAGAAAGUUUGUGAUGUGAACGAGUCUUCAUCAGUGGGUUUGUUGAUGUCAAAACUCAUCAGAGGAGAUCUGUUUCCCUCUGCUCUCAUCUGGAUCACCUCCAGACCAGCAGCAGCCAAUCAGAUCCCCUCAAAAUACAUCAACCGUGUGACAGAAAUUCAGGGAUUCAAUGAGCCUCAGAAGGAGGAAUAUUUCAAGAAGAGAAUCAGUGAUGAGCAUCAAGCCAGCAGAAUCAUCUCACACAUCAGAAGAUCAAGAAGCCUCCACAUCAUGUGUCACAUACCCGUCUUCUGCUGGAUCUCAGCCACUGUGCUUCAAAACCUUCUGAAACAAGAUGACAGUGCAGAAAUCCCUCAAACUCUGAGUGAAAUGUACAUCCACUUCCUGCUGACUCAGAUCAAUAUGAGGAAUCAGAAGUAUGGUGAGAGAAAUCCAGAGAAACUCCUGAAAUCCAACAAAGAUGUGAUUGUGAAACUUGCUGAACUGGCUUUCAAUCAGCUGAUGAAGGGCAAUGUGAUGUUUUAUGAGGAAGACCUGAUUGAGAGCGGCAUAGACGUCACUGAUGCCUCAGUGUAUUUUGGCAUCUGCACUGAAAUAUUUAAGGAGGAAUCUGUGAUUCAUCAGAAGAAAGUCUACUGCUUCAUUCAUCUCAGUUUUCAGGAGUUUCUAGCUGCUUUCUUUGUGUUUUACUGCCAUGUCAUCAAGAGUGAGAAUGCACUGGAGUUGUUUCUGGAUGACGAAUAUCUGUGGUACCGUCGGGAAAAUUCUCUGUAUGAGCUACUAAAAGCAGCAGUUGAUAAAUCCUUACAGAAUAAAAAUGGACACCUGGAUCUUUUCCUGCGGUUCCUGCUGGGCGUCUCACUGGAGUCCAAUCACAGACUCUUACAAAAUCUACUGACACACACAGUGAACAGCUCAGAGAGCAUCAGAAAAAUCACGCAGUACAUUAAAGACAAAAUCAAAGAUGAUCAACUUUCAGUAAUGUUAUUUAACAUUGACAAAUCCACCAAUUUGUUCCUUUGUCUGCUGGAAAUGAAUGAUCACUUUCUGUACAGAGAGAUUCAGGAGUUUGUGAACUCAGAGAAUCGCUCAGUGAAUCAACUCUCUCCUGGUCACUGCUCAACAGUCGCCUACAUGAUUCAGAUAUCAGAGGUGCUGGAUGAGUUUGAUCUGAAGAAAUACAACACAUCAGAUGAGGGCAGAAGGAGACUGAUACCAGCUGUGAUAAACUGCAGAAAAGCUCUACUUGCUGGCUGUAAUCUCACUGAUCAGUGUUGUGAAAGUUUGUCUUCAUCUCUACAAUCAUCAAACUCCUCACUAGUAGAGCUGGACCUGAGUAACAAUUACCUCCAGGACUCAGGAGUGAAACUUCUCUCUGAUGGACUGAAGAGUUCAAACUGUCAGCUCAAGAUACUGAGACUCAGUGGCUGUAAUCUCACUGAUCAGUGCUGUGAAAGUUUGUCUUCAUCUCUACAAUCAUCAAACUCCUCACUGAGAGAGCUGGACCUGAGUCACAAUGACCUGCAGGAUUCAGGAGUGAAACGUCUCAUUGAUGGACUGAAGAGUCCAAACUGUCAACUCAACAUACUGAGAUUAUCUGGCUGUAUGAUGACAGAGGAAGGCUGUUGUUUUCUGGCUUCAGCUCUAAGUUCAAACCCCUCACACCUGAGAGAACUGGAUCUGAGCUACAAUCACCCAGGACAAUCAUUAGUCAAGCUGCUCUCUGAUCCAAACUAUAGACUGGACAAACUCAAUGUGGAUCAUGGAGGAGAGUUCAGGAUUAAAACAGGACCACAGAAAUAUGCGUGUGAUCUCACACUGGAUUUAAACACAGCAAAUGAUUAUCUCACUUUGUCUGAGAGGAACAGAAUAGUGACACUUGUGUCAGAGAAGCAGCCGUAUCCUGAUCAUCCAGAGAGAUUUGUCGAGUGUCAUCAGGUUCUGUGUAGAGAGAAUCUGUCUGGACAUUGUUACUGGGAGGCUGAAUGGAGCGGGUUUGGGGUUUAUAUAUCAGUGACGUAUAAAGGAAUCAGCAGGAAAGGGAACGGCGAUGAAUGUUGGUUUGGAUUCAAUGAAAUAUCAUGGAGUCUGGACUGCAUUAAUAACAGAUUCACACCCAGACACUAUAAGAAGAGCACAGACUCUGUAUCUACCCCUUCAUUCUCUAACAGAGUAGGAGUGUAUCUGAACUGGUCGGCUGGUGUUCUGUCCUUCUACAGCGUCUCUGACACAAACACACUCACACACUUACACACAUUCAACAGCACAUUCACUGAACCCCUCUAUGCUGGAUUUGGAGUUUAUUCUGAUAGUUCAUUGUCUCUGUGUGAGAUAAAACAGCCUCCAGUGAGAAACAACUGAGACACAUAUGCACAAUUGAGUGAAAGAAAUACAUCUGAAAUACAACUUUCUUCUCUUCCUAAUUUCAGUGUGGCAAUGGAAAUACCUCCUUUGGUAAUAGAAAUUGACUUCUAUUGUGCUUUUAUGAAGACAGUGGUAUUCGGUUCAACAGGAGCAUUGUUUCUGAGC